AUGUUGGCUGAUGGAACCGCUCUGUCUGCAGAGGAACAACGCAAACACAUUGACUGCGAUUAUGGCUCUUUGUCGAAAAAUCCUCUCCCUGCCAUCAUACAUCUGGCUGUCGGCAUGAGCGUGAUCCUUCGUCAGCGUAACAUCUCGCCUGAAUUAAAAAUAUCGAAUGGCUCCACUGGAGUAUUAUUUUGUGUCUUCACUUCUCGCUAUGGCGAUUAUACUUGUGCAGAUGGCGCCAUAGUCUACUUUCCUGCUAGUCCAUUGCGAUUACAUGGACUUCCUGUAGGCUGCGUGUACAUACCUGCUGUUCAAUCGAGUUAUAGCAUAGUUACUGAUAAAAAGAAGCAGUCUUACCAUCGAAAACAGUUGCCGAUUGAACCUGCUUAUGCUGUGACAGGCCACUUUGCCCAGGGCAAAACAUUGCCCAUCGUUGUCGGAAGUCUCAAGCAACGAGAUGCAGCCGCCGCGUACGUCAUUGCCUCUCGUGCCACCUCUAGAGAUGGCCUCUUUCUGACCGAAGAAGUCACCUUGCGUGACCUGAACCGUCCAUGGCCCAGAGCUCUGAGGAUGGAAAUGGCACGGCUCACCGCGCUCGAGCACAAUACGUCUGUGAAGGAGGGUUUCAUUGAUGGUUGCCCAAUCAAGGUUCCCGAUGAAGAGGAGGAAGAUGCCAAAAAUCCUUUACGUGCAAAACUUCGUUGGGAAUUUGAUUCGGAUCGCAAGCGGAAAAGAGCUGACUCCCAAUCCGGUCGCAUCCACAAGCAAGUAGCUAUCACACAAGGCGACAACCACCUGGAGCGGGGUUCUACAAAAACCCAUAUGAUUCAGCCUCGGAUGUCAGCUCCAGCCUCGUUAACUUACCAUUAUCCUUUUCCAUUCCUCAUAUGGCAUGCCGCUUCCUACUCCUGUGCAUACGACUCGCUCUUAACCCCCCUCUAUGUUGCCUGGUUUUAUGCUACAGAGCUGUGGAAGGCUGCCUUUUCCAUCCAUUCUCCCUCUUUGGUCUUCGUAUCUGCAGGCUUCUUUCAAAUAUCGUCAGUACACUCAGAAGCCCAAGCAAUCUUGACCCGUACUCGAGAACGCCUUCGCAACGAGCUUAGUUCCCAGGACAUAGCAACUUUUCCUCGCUUCGGUGCCCUUUGUACUCCUAUGGAAAGCGUUCUACGGGUCAUGGGCUUUUUGAGUGAGCCUCUCUUCCAAGUCGAGCACACUUGCUUGGAUAUCACCCUAGAUAUAACAUUUAGUCUACGAACUUUGUUUAUCGAACCAAACAUUACCUGCUUUGGUUCAUAUCUGCCCAGCGUUGUAACAGUCCAGCAGUGGACGGACGCGCAGAUUGCGGAGUGGUGCCAAACACCUUGUACCACUUGUUGCCUUCCAACAACCAACCAACCUUAUCAGCUCUCCGAUGUUCCGCUCCUUCUCACCUUCGAAACACCAGUUGAUCCAAGAAUAAACAGCAAACUAUUGCCCUCAUUGGUCCUCACGAUCAGCGAUCUAACCUCUCAACCUCCCUCCACUUACCGACUUUUCGGAAUCAUUUAUCACGGCAGUGCACAUUAUACUGCACGCAUCUUUACCCCCGCAAACUCUCAAUCACCUGUUUCCGAUGUGUGGAAUUAUGACGGCAUGCGAGGGUCUCCGAUUCGCGACGACGAUUCGCCGCUACACCUUGAGUCUUUGAUGACACUGGAUGGACGUGGCGCAAGCUAUUAUCUAUAUGCACUGUGCCUCUGA